GGCAAGGGGAGGAUCCUGAGGGCUGCCAAGAGACCCUCUUGCGGACAACAGGGAGGCUCCUAGAGCCCCGCCCCUGCUCUCAGGCUGCAAGGCUCAGGCCCCGGAUUUCACUGCUCAGAAGAGGGCCUUGUGUGGAGCCUGGCAGACUCAGAUCGGUAGAAGGCGGAGUCACAGGCUCCACAAGACGUCAAGGUGAAUACCUAGGGACCACCAAUUUCGGAAGACUGGAGUUCCCUAGUACCCGACCCUAGCGACCAGUCCGGAAGUCCCAGGCAGCCGAAGACGGAUGUGGGUUAGCCUCACUUCCGCUUGGAAGGCAGAAGACGAGGACUGUCGUGGGUGAGGCUUGGUAUCAGACUGGUGGAGAGUGAAUACUGAGGACUCGCCCGGAGCCACGAGUCUAAGACAGCUGAGGAACGUCAUCAAGGGGGCAACCUCAGGAGGAUUCCCAGGUGGUUCUAGGAGUCAAGGAGAGGACCCUGAGAACUUAGGAAACCACCCAUGCUAUAACUGUGUCUGCAUCACCUGCUUUCCUGCUCAUACGUCUGCCUGCUGUCCCUGACCACAGCCAUCAUGCCUCGGGGCCAGAAGAGCAAGCUCCGUGCCCGUGAGAGACGCCGCCAGGCCCGAAGUGGAACCCAGGAGCCCAAGGGCGCUCAGGCCACCGCAGCAGAGGAAGCAGAGUCAUCUUCCUCGUCCUCUUCUGUUGUGGGGGGUACUCCGCCAAGUUCCCCUGCUUCUGGCUUCCCCCAGGAGUCUCAGAGGGCCCCACCCGCCACUGUUGCUGGGGCAGGUGUUUCCUUCAAAAGAUCUGAUAAAGGUGCCAAGAGCCAAGGUGAGGAAAGAGAAAAUCCUCUCCGGGCCUCAGCCUCCAGUGAGGGCUCAGGUAAAGAUCCCAUAAAUAGGAAGGCAGGCAUUUUGAUGCAGUUCCUCCUGGAGAAGUAUAGAAAGAAGGAGCCCAUUAUGAAGGCAGAAAUGCUCAAGGUGGUCAACAGAAGGUACCAGGAGCACUUCCCGGAGAUCCUUAGGAAAGCCUCUGAGCGCCUGGAGUUGGUCUUUGGCCUUGAUCUGAAGGAAGUCAACCCCAGCAAUAAUUCCUAUGCCAUUGUCAGUAAGUUAGAGCUCAACGAUGAUGGGAGCCAGAGCACUUGCUGGGGCUUCCCCAGGAACGGGCUUCUGAUGCCCCUCCUGGCUGUGAUUUUCUUAAAUAACAACUGCGCCCCAGAGGAGAAGAUCUGGGAAUUCCUGAAUAUUUUGGGGGUGUAUGAUGGGAGGAAGCACUUGAUCUUUGGAGAGCCCCGAAAGCUCAUCACCCAAAAUCUGGUGCAGGAAGAAUACCUGGAGUACCAGCAGGUGCCCAACAGUGAUCCCCCUUGCUACCAAUUUCUGUGGGGCCCUAGAGCUUAUAUUGAAACCAGCAAGAUGAAAGUUCUGGAGUUUUUGGCCAAGGUCAAUGAUACCGUCCCUACUGCCUUCCCACUCCAUUAUGAGGAGGCUUUGAGAGAUGAAGUGAGAGGCCAAGCUAGAGCUGCAGCCAGGUCUGGCAAUAUGGCCACAGCCAGUGGAAGUUCUAGGGCUACCCCCAGCUCCUCUGGCCGCCACCUGUGAGGUCUGAGGUAGAUUCUUCACUUUGUUUGGGGGGAAGGCUGCCCACCUUCUUAAGUAUUGGGAGGCUGAAAUGGGGCUAGAGAUAUCAUAAUAAGAUUUUUGUGUUCCUGUUAUACAUUAGUACCUUUCAAAUGUUCUUUUAAUAUAAUCCUUAUGUAGUUUCAGAAUGUGCAUUUAUGAGUGACAUGUAACAAAAUUUUUGCUGUAUGAGUCUUCAUAGUAAUGAUUUUGGUAUUCUGUAAUACAUUUUCAAAAUCCUUCAGUCUUUUUUCAAUUUGAGAGAAAGAAAACAUGGCUUUGGAAUGGGGGUUUUCUUGGAAAUGUAUGAAAGAACCUUACAAAAUGUAGUUGAGGUGUUAAAAUAAAGCAAAGCAAAACACAGUCAACUCUUAGUUUGUCUUAUUAGCUUUUAUCUUUCUUCUUGCUAAAUCCAAAGAUAUUUACCUGGUUGCUAUUAACCAACUCGAGAAUGCAGAUAAAAGUAAACGGUAGUAAAUUACAUUCCUUCCUUAGUGACUUCCUUCCAUCAUUAAUUGAAUAUCUGCUCUUUGGAAGGUUCUGUGUUCACAGUGAUGAUAUAUGAUAACAAAACAACUUUCCCCUGCCUGUAGACUUUUAGAGACUAAAAUCAGUUAUUGCAUAAUGAAGAUGGUGUGAUGUGUGCCAACAUGUACAAAUAAAAAAACAAG